AGAUUCGUCAUUACGCAGUAUUUCGCCUAGGCAGGUCGAGCUGCAUGUACCUUCGAGACCGCGGAAUAACGUUUUGUUGGUCCUCUUUAUCUAGCCGGAGAAAGAACGCUUGAUACGGGACUAAUCUAUAACCAAGAUGGGUAAAGAUCCGAGGAAGCCGAGAGGAAAGAUGUCCUCUUAUGCCUACUUCGUGCAGACGUGCAGGGAAGAACACAAAAAGAAACACCCUGAAGCCUCUGUCAAUUUCUCUGAAUUCUCCAAAAAAUGCUCUGAGCGAUGGAAGACCAUGUCCGCUAAAGAGAAGGGAAAGUUCGAGGAUAUGGCCAAGGCCGACAAGGUGCGCUACGAGAGGGAGAUGAAGAACUACAUCCCUCCUAAGGGCGAGAAGAAGAGGAGGUUCAAGGACCCCAACGCCCCGAAAAGACCACCAUCUGCGUUCUUCAUCUUCUGCUCGGACUUCCGCCCCAAGAUCAAGGGGGAGAACCCGGGCCUGACCAUCGGCGACAUCGCCAAGAAGCUCGGCGAGCAGUGGAACGGCUCACCGGCCGAGGUAAAGCAGCCCUAUGAGAAGAAGGCGGCUAAACUGAAGGAGAAGUACGACAAGGAUAUCGCUGCAUAUCGCACGAAAGGAAUCGCCGGUCUGUCCAGCAAGGGAGAUGGAGACGGUGAUGAAGAUGAUGAAGACGAGGAUGAGGAAGACGACGAUGACGAGGAAGACGACGAAUAAGAUUUAGCUACUGAUAAAUAGCCCGCAUUCCUGUUAAUGCCAUUACAACAACAACCCAAGUGUACACACUUUUCACCUCUUCAAAGUACAAACAGGAACAUUGACAUGUUUAGGCUGUGUAUAUGAAAGGUUUUUAAGAUGUACAGUGUUAUUCUCCUUUUGUAAAGUUAACACUAUGUGUCCUUCAGUCCUAUUUUUAUUUUUUUUAGUGGUAGUUCUUGCCUGGAGCAGUUUUUAGGGAGGAUUAAAAAAAAGCAAAUGGUCGUAGCUAACUGUUUUCCCCCCCAAAGGUGCACAGCACAAAUAUCUGAUGAUGUGUGUAGGUUUGUAGUACAUUUAUCUUUUUUAUGUAUUUGCCAUCUUACGGUCCUUAUAACUGUACUUUGAAUACCACUCUAAUUGCAAGAAUGCAGCUCUUGUUGACAUUCAAGAAUGUGUCUGGAUAAAUAAAUUUUCUUUCUUUUUUUAAAA